AUGCUCUUCCCCUCGGAGAGCUCCCGCAACACCACGGCGGGGAACUGCAGCGACGGGUUCAACCUGACGCGGCGGCCCGACGCGGCCGCCGGAAACGACACCGGGGGGCCGGACCCGUUCGGGCGCAACGAGGAGGUCGCCAAGCUGGAGAUCACCGUGCUGAGCCUCGCGUUCGUCGCCGCGGUGGCGGGCAACGCGAGCGUGCUGCUGGCCAUGCACCGCACGCGGCGGAAACCGUCGCGCGUGCACCUGUUCAUGAAGCACCUGAGCCUCGCGGACCUGGUGGUGGCCUUCUUCCAGGUGCUGCCGCAGCUCUGCUGGGAGGUCACGUUCCGGUUCUCCGGGCCGGACCCCCUGUGCCGCGUCGUGAAGCACCUCCAGGUGCUGGGCAUGUUCGCCUCCACCUACAUGAUGGUGAUGAUGACCCUGGACCGCUACAUCGCCAUCUGCCACCCGCUGCAGACGCUCCAGCAGCCGACGCAGCGCGCGCACAUCAUGAUCGGGUCCACGUGGGCGUGCAGCCUGGUGCUCAGCCUCCCGCAGUACUUGAUCUUCUCCCUGAGCGAGGUGCACCCGGGCUCCGAGGUCUACGACUGCUGGGGCCACUUCGCGGAGCCGUGGGGGCUGCGCGCGUACAUCACCUGGAUGACGGCGGGUAUCUUCCUCGUGCCCGUGGCCGUGCUCGUGUUCUGCUACGGACUCAUCUGCCGCACCAUCUGGAGGAACCUCAAGUACAAGACCCGGAGGAAGACCACCGUGGGCUCGGUGGCGGAGUCCACCAAGACCGGGGUCCUGGGCCGCGGCUCCGUGAGCAGCGUGGGCACCAUCUCCCGUGCCAAAUUACGCACGGUGAAGAUGACGUUCGUGAUCGUGCUGGCCUACGUGGUGUGCUGGGCGCCGUUCUUCACCGUGCAGAUGUGGUCCGUGUGGGACGAGAGCUUCUCCUGGGCCGACUCUGAGAACGCGGCGGUGACGCUCGCCGCCCUGCUGGCCAGCCUGAACAGCUGCUGCAACCCGUGGAUCUACAUGGUGUUCAGCGGCCACCUGAUGGCCGGCCUGCCGUGCCGCCGGCCCCCGAGGGCCCGCUGCGGCCCGCAGGACUCGGACAGCAGCCUCCGCCGGACCACGCUGCUGUCCCGCCUGCAGGGCUCGCGCCUCUCCGACCCGUCCAGAGACCUGGACCCGGCGGGCCGGAACAACGCAGUGCAGGUCCAGACCGUGUCCUGAGUUCCUGGACCUGGUCCACGUGGGUCUGGGUUUCAUUUAGUUUCUGUUUAAGGACAAGAGAAAACACGAGCAGCUGGUUUCAGGGUUCUGCCUCAAGUUCUGGAGAGAACAGCUGGACCUGGUCUGGUCUGGUUCAGCUGGACCUGGUCUGGUUCAGGUCUGUUCUGGUCUGUUACGGUCUGGUUCAGUUGGAACUCGUCUGUUUUACAACAACAAAAGGUACUCAGGCUGCAGUGAAUGUGUAUUUAUUUCAUGAUAUUAAACAAUUUGUUACAAUCUUGUUUAUUGAUUAUUGAUCAUUUUCUCUACAAAAUGUCUGAAAAUCGUGAGCGUUUGUGUUUGAAGCUGAACGUUGAGGUGUCAUGUUUCACAAUAACGCAGAUCAAAGUGUCGUCUUGUUUUUGUGGCUUUAACUUUAACUUUAGACGUUAAUGUUGCGAUAGAAAAAUAAUGUAAAGUUCACUUUAACUCUUCUUGUUUCCGUUUGAACGUCACAAACUUUAAUAAAACUUUAUUAUUACUGUUGAGAAGAAUAAGAAUAUUUAGUCCGUUUAUUCACAUUGUUUAUUAUCAUUUUCAUCCCUAUUUAAAGGAGUGAAAGAUAACGCAUGUAAUGUUGGAUAUUUAACAAUUAGUUUAAUAUAAAUAACAUUAAAUGUGAGAAAGCACAUCAACAGCUGCUUUACAUUGGAGUCUAUGGGAAGAGAAGUAUUGUUGUUGUAAAGAUGUAAUGUAUUCUAUACAUUGUUGAUACAUGA